GGCCGCCAUGAAGGACCCGGCGGCGGCCGAGGAGGAGGUGCUGCGGGACUACCUGGGCUACUACGCGGCCCGAGCGGCGCAGGGGGAGCUGGUGGUGUGCCAUGAAGCCUCCCUGAAGGCGAGGGCCCGGCGGCUCCUAGGCGUGGGGCGGCCCGGUGCCCUGGACGUGUGCAGCCUGGCGGAGCGGUGCAGGCGGGCCCGGGGCGAGCGGGGCAGCAGCGUCCUCCGCGACCUGCUCAGGGCGCUGGAGGUGCUGGAGCUGCUCUGCGUCAACCUCCUCCUCUGCCCGUGGAGAAAGGAGAUCAGGUCGCUGAAGACAUUCACCGGUAAUUUCGUCUACUACAUUCAGUCAGUGCUCCCAGAUGACAUUGUCACAACAGUGCUGGAGAAAAUAGGUUACACUGCAACAACAGCAACAGAGUUUUCACUUGUCAGAAAGAGGAACAAUGAGGAAACAAAGCAGACUGCAUUUGAAAUAUUCCUGGCAAGGAUUGAGUGUGAAACCAUCCUUGAACUGACGAGUGAAGAGAAACAUGGCAACGUGGAGAAGACCCUGCAGAAGAGAACAAAGGUGCACCAGCAUCAUCAGCAUGAAGAUCAGACAUCCCAGAAAGAGGAGGCUGAAAGUGGAGAGAAUAAAGCAGUCAGUGACACAGAGUUGUGCCUUGCUACUCAACAGCAGCCAGCAGCUCACAGCCAUAUGUCCUUUGACACUGCCAGCAGCCUAAGGAACCAAGCCGAGGUGCCUCAGUUAGCAGCUGCUCCAUCCACUACCAGGCCUCAGGAACACCAAAGGCAAGGCACCGACUCUCGGCGCUUGUCGGGCAAGUGCUCAGAGAGUGAGGACUUCCUGAGUGAGUACAGUGACAUUUUCAUAAGGCAAGCACCUCUCUUUGGUGAGAACCUUUCUCCAGAAGCCUUUGAAAACAAGCCAGGAGCCAGCCUGAGUGAGGAGUGUGUGCUGGCAGCCACGGCAGAGCCAGCUGCAGAUGAGAUCAGGCCUGUGCCGCUCUCCCCAGGAGCAAGUGGUCCACCAGCUUUUGCAGUGUUUGCUGAUGGCUCUUGUGGCAGCAAAACCCCCUUGGCCUACAGAGCUCAGCAAGUCCCUGCAGAAUCGAUUGAGGCAGCAAUUCACGAUGCCAUGAACUGCAUAGACUCAGAUCCUGCUGAUGAACCCAGCGAGCUGAAGUCUAUGCCAUACAGGGACAUUGCAUCUGUCCAAAACUGCAGCCUCCCUAGGGAAGAGGAGGUUUGUGACCUGUCUUUAACCUUCACAAAACUCCAGAUCAAGGACACUCAGGAAGACCUCAUGUACCCAGUAGAGGAAACUGGCCUGCCCGACUUGGUGUCAUAUGUGCCUGCAGGUGAUAGCCAUGCGACAGAAGUGAACCACUCCAGGAUGCCACAGACAUACCCGAGCAGUGCUCAGGUGCAGAACAGAGCAGCUGCACAUCCUGAGCCAUCUUCAGAUCUGUGCUGUGCUGCUGGGAGCAUGGAGGAUCCUGAUGAUGAUGAUGUUGGCAAGAGACUCUUCGUGGCUGCUCCUGCUGCACAUCUAGCUGCUGAGCACUUCAUACACAUCAGAGAGCCCCCUCACCUCACCUAUGUCCCACCACGGAGUAUUGAUGUCCAGUCCUCACACCUAAGGAGUGCCCAGGGCAAAAGGAGCCCCUUGCAGCCUGAAGGUGACUCUUCUGAAGCCAGUGAGGUGAAGCUGGGGACCCAUCACUCCAAAGCCAGUGAACUCCAGGAGCCUUAUGUCAUUAUUGACAGAACAGACACAGGAAUGUUAUGCCAUCAGGCUUGAUUCUCGCUGUGCUGUAGUUCUCAGCUGCCUGGGGUUUGCUCCCCUCUUGGCCUUGAUAAUCUUUGCAAUACUAGCUUUGUCAAAACAGCAUCAAGAAACCCUGCUUUACAGACCUGUUCCUGAAGGGUUCUUUGAUUGUAAGAGGGCUAAGAGGAUGAUGAAGGGACUGGAAUUUGUCUGACAAGGAGAGGAUGAGACCUGGGGGUGUUGAGUCUGGAGAAGAGAGCCUGAGAGGGGAUCUGAUCAGUGUCUAAAUAUCUGAGGGGUGGGUGUCAAGAAGAAGGAACCAGGCUUUUAUCAGCAGUACCCUGUGAUAGGACAAUGGGUGGUGGAUACCAACUGUAACCCAGGAAGUUCCACCUCAGCAUGAGGAAAAACAUCCUUGGUGUGAGGGUGCUGGAGCCCUGGAGCAGGCUGCCAGGAGAGGUUGUGGAGUCUCCUGCUCUGGAGACUUUCAAGACCCAUCUGAAUGCGUUCCUGGGUGAUCUUGCUGCAGCUCUCCAGAGUUCCCUUCAAACCCCUGCCAUUCUGUAAGGUGCUGUACAGUAGAAUCAGGUCAGUGCUCCUAAGCUGGCAGCACCAACCCUGCAGCUUUACCACUGCUAUGGAGUGUGCUGCAGUGCUCUCACUGCACUCCUGUGCAGUUGUGCUCUCGGCUAAUCAUGCAGAAGUUCAGAAACUUCCACAAGAUUCCUUUAGGGACACAGGGAACCAGCCCUGCGACCACUUACUGCUGAUGCAAAACUGAAGCUGCAAGAGUUUCACUCCUGCAGAGUCACCUUACCCCAGGGUCUAGCUCCAUCUCCUCUCGACAGUGACGUUUUGCUUGUGGCUACCACGAGUUUCGAGAGCAGCACUGAGCUGCGAUGGUUCGACUGAUGUCAGAAGAGGGAGCUGCAGCUCCUCCUGCCAUUCCCCUUCCCCUUGCUCCUGCCACUUACCUCAGCACGGGUUACACGCAGGGAAAAACCUGCCUUCUCUGACGUUUUAGUGGCAGGAAAGAAACCAGCUCAGAGAAGGGUCGCAGCGAGCUUUAGAGAUGGGCUGAGGGCACGGUGAAAAGGAAAGGGAACAGGACUGCUAGAUCAGAUCAGCUGUCAGCUGGAGCCUCAGCACUGAGAAACUGUGCUACAGAACAUGUAAUUAAAUUUAGAGCAGCACAGUCACUGCAGAUGCACUUCAGCACCAUCUUCAGUGCUGUUUUCAUACCUAGAAGGGCAGAAAAGUGCUUUUUGUUACCUUGGCAGACAGUUGCAUGCUGCUUGCUUCAAAGGGACUGUUCUGGUAGCACUUGAACGUUAGGAUGGUUUGUACCCUCAUCUACAGGUAAAACAUUAGCUGGAAUUAAUGAAGCUAAAUAUAUUAGAUGAACUUAAUAUAGGUAAAGUAUUAGCUGGAAUUAAUUUAGUGAAAGUUAGAAACAAUUCACUUUUAUCCCUCAAAAAGAGGAGCAGAUGCUAGAAAAGCUUCAGGAGCUAAAAUGCUUUCUUAAUGACUGAUUAUUGAAAUCUUGUCACCAUCUAAUUCCAGCAGUGUAGGAGCAAUGAAGCUUGGAGCAAGCUAAGCUUCAGCUGUGCCUUCAGCUUUGGGAGGGGCUGGGAGACACGGAUUGUUUUGCACAUGCACACACAGAUUAACGUUAGGAUUGAGAGCACUUCCUUACUAGCAACCCCUGGGGCAGUGUGGUUGGGCUGUGUGGCUGCAGCUGCUGCUAACACCCCAGUGUGGUGGCUGCUGCUGAGUCGUGCCUGGCACAGGGUUUUUCUCAUUUUCUAACUCCAGCCCCAGCGGCUGAGCUGCCCAGGCCAAAGGGACAGGAAAGCAGCUAAAGGUAAAAGCGGCAACUAACCAGGAGCUGCUGUUUGGGUCACUCAGCACCGCUUUACAGUGCGGAAGACACGGCAAUAGGUUGCCCAGGGAGGCUGCGGAUGCCCUCUCCCUGGAGGUGUUCAAGGCCAGGCUGGAUAAGGCCUUGAGCAACCUGGGGUGGUGGGGGGUGUCUCUGCCAGUGCAGGGGCUUGGAACUGGAUGAUUUUGAAGGUCCCUUCCAAUCCAGACCAUCCGGAGGGGGUUUUGCCCAACAAGGUAGCCACUGCUCAGAGGUCACCGGGCCUGGGGGAGGUGGCAAGUUCCUGCCACUGGGUUUUCCUCCCUUCUUUCAUUAUUUUACACUCUGUCUUAACCCAAAAAGAUCUCUUAAUUUUGCUCUUCAUAUUCUCCCCUGAUCUGCUGAGGAAGGAGGAAGCAAGCAGCUGUGGAGGUGCCUAGCUGUUGGCUAGGUCAACCCACUACAACCUCCUUCAUCUUCUUUUAGGUACCUCUCUGUUCUUCCUAAAGAUUUGGGGUUUUCUGAGCUGUCUCUUCCCCCUGUGGGGGCUAUUACCAUUCUGUGUUUUAACUCAGGAAACAGAAGCAAAUAAAGGCCAGGCUCCAACCCA